UGGAGUUGGUUUUGCCCUAAAUGAAAGGGUCUUGGAUGCAUUGCCAGAACUUUCUAAUUGCAUAAAUGAAAGACUCAACUUCAUGUAGAGCUCAGCUGUAACCAAUGUGCCACCAUCAUCAGCGCUUAUCUCCUGACCAUUGACUCCAGUAAAGAAGCUGAGAACAAGUUUUAUUCUGACCUUGAUUAAGUCCUUACUGCCAUCCUAAAACAAAGGAUUACCCUUCUGGGGUCUUUAAUGCCGGGCGUGGCUGUGGUGUCUGGAGCAGCACUACUCGGGGGAUAAGAGAGGGAUGGGAAAAGCCGAUACAAGUGGUGUCCUCCUGCUGCCAGUGUGCUCAGCACAACCUCAUAAAACCCCUUUUCUUCAGAAGGACAAAUACAAGAUCACAUGCUGGCAUCCUAGAUCAAACCAUUGGCACCUCCUGGAUUAUGUCGUUGAUUAGGUCAAAGAUCUAAGUGCUGUCUGUAUCACUCUAUCCAAGCAGGGGACUGAUGUUUGCUGGGCAGAUCAUAGAUUUGUUUGAGUGGUGAUGAACAGCCACCUAGCACCAAGACAGUGCAAGCCCAAAAGUCCAUGAGAAAGGAGAUCAAUGUCCCAACUCAAAAGGAGCCUGACCGAAGAGAGAAAUUCCAAGUGCAGCUCAUGACCAAUCUGAAAAAUCUUCACACAUCCAACUCAAUUCCAGAACAGUGGGAUCAAAUAAGGUCACUCCUGUGCCCAGACCAUUGGGUUUGAGCAUUGUUGUCACCAGACUGGUUAGAUUAAAAUGAUGCUGAAAUAUGUGACCACCUGAAACAAAAAUGAGCAGCCUUCAUUGACAAGAUAAGGUGGCAAGUCAAGAUGGCAACAUUCCAACAGCUCUAGACUGACAUCCAAAGGGAAAUCCAGAAAAUAAAGGCCACCUGAUGGGAAGAGAGAACGUGAGAGAUCCAGUGCUGAAUUUCAGUAUUAUGAAGAUGCUAUCCUGAUUACAGAGUAUGUUCAAUGCAAAUCGCCAAAAAAUCAAAGAAAAAACAGAAAUCUUGAACCAGGAUUGGAAGCAGCACAGGAUACAACCUGUUCACAUUAUGACUUCUGUGAGCACAAUGCGUGGUACCAGAGAGUGUGCUGUGGAGAGCGGAUUCCCAGAGUUUCCAAAGCAGGUCAUUCCCUUGAAGACCUUGAAUGCUGUGGCCUCAAUCCCGGUUAUGUAUUCCUGGUCCCCCCUUCAGCAAAAUUUCAUGGUGGAAGAUGAAACUGUUUUACAUAACAUUCCUUACAUGGGAGAUGAAAUCUUAGAUCAAGAUGGGACUUUCAUUGAAGAACUGAUCAAAAACUAUGAUGGAAAGGUGCACGGAGACAGAGAAUGUGGUUUCAUCAAUGAUGAGAUCUUUGUAGAGCUAGUAAAUGCUCUGACCCAGUACAGUGAUAAUGAUGAAGAGGAGGAUGAUGAUGAUGAUGAUCAAGAGAACAAAUCUGAGAAGACAGAUGGAAGUGACAUCAAAGAAGAAAGCAAUGAUUCCAGAAAAGAUUAUCAGGAGAUCAAUAUGGAUGUUAAAGAAUGUGAUGAAGGGAAGAAAAAACCGUGUGACAAGAUAUUUGAAGCAAUUUCAUCCAUGUUCCCAGAUAAAGGUACACCAGAAGAGCUGAAAGAAAAGUACAAAGAAUUGACAGAACAGCAGCUUCCUGGAGCACUUCCUCCAGAGUGUACACCAAAUAUUGAUGGACCAAAUGCCAAAUCGGUUCAACGAGAACAGAGCUUACACUCAUUCCAUACUCUGUUCUGUAGACGCUGCUUUAAAUAUGACUGUUUCCUACAUCCUUUUCAUGCUACUCCUAAUACAUACAAACGUAAAACUCCUGAGACCAGAGCGGAGACAGAACAAUGUGGACCAGACUGCUGUUUGUUUCUGGAUGGAGCGAAGGAUUUUGCAGUGGCCUUGACAGCUGAACGAAUAAAAACACCACCUAAGCGCCCAGGUGGGCGCCGCAGAGGACGCCAUCCAAAUAGCACAAGCCGACCCAGUACACCAACAAUAAACCAAUCUGAGGCUAAAGAUACAGACAGUGACAGAGAGGCUGGAACAGAUACUGGAGGCGAGAUAAAUGACAAAGAUGAAGAGGACAAAAAGGAUGAUACCACAAGCUCCUCUGAGGCAAACUCCAGAUGUCAAACCCCUGUUAAGAUGAAGUUGACAUCUGAUCUUUCUGAUGUGGAGUGGAGUGGAGCUGAAGCCUCGCUGUUCCGAGUUCUACAUGGCACUUACUACAAUAACUUCUGUGCUAUAGCUAAGUUAUUGGGAACCAAAACAUGUGGACAGGUGUAUGAGUUUGCAGUGAAAGAAUCUAAUAUCAUGGCCCGUGUCCCUGCGGAGGAUGCUGAUACACCCCCUAGAAAAAAGAAGAGAAAGCAUAGGUUGUGGGCUGCACACUGUAGAAAAAUACAACUAAAGAAAGAUGGUUCAUCCAAUCAUGUUUACAACUACCAGCCCUGUGACCACCCACGUCAGCCCUGUGACAGUUCCUGUCCUUGUGUCAUGGCUCAAAACUUCUGUGAAAAGUUCUGUCAAUGCAGUUCUGAAUGUCAGAACAGAUUUCCCGGUUGUCGUUGCAAAGCCCAAUGCAACACCAAGCAAUGUCCUUGUUAUCUUGCUGUGCGUGAAUGUGAUCCUGAUUUGUGCCAAACCUGUGGAGCUGCUGAUCACUGGGAUAGUAAGAAUGUGUCCUGCAAAAACUGCAGCAUCCAGAGAGGAUCCAAAAAGCACUUACUGCUAGCACCAUCUGACGUUGCAGGAUGGGGCAUUUUCAUCAAAGAGCCAGUGCAGAAAAAUGAAUUCAUCUCUGAAUAUUGUGGAGAGAUUAUAUCUCAGGAUGAAGCUGAUCGUCGUGGCAAAGUUUACGACAAAUAUAUGUGCAGCUUCCUUUUCAACCUGAACAAUGACUUUGUUGUUGAUGCAACACGCAAGGGUAACAAAAUACGUUUUGCCAACCAUUCCGUCAAUCCUAACUGUUAUGCCAAAGUAAUGAUGGUUAAUGGAGACCAUAGAAUUGGCAUCUUUGCCAAAAGAGCGAUCCAGACUGGAGAGGAAUUAUUCUUUGACUACAGGUACAGUCAAGCUGAUGCCCUUAAAUAUGUUGGUAUAGAGAGAGAGAUGGAAAUUCCAUGAAAAUUAAACUGCCUCAGUUGAAAACAUGGGCAGCUGCUUUUACAUUUCAGGAUUUCUAUGUACUGUAUGGAGACAUAUUUAAACAACUCUGGUUGAUUAAAACAAACUACUGUGAUAAUUUAUACUGUAAAAAUUAAAGCUAUCAUUUUUCAAAAGCUGCCAGUUUUAUAUCUACUUUUACUAUACACCAGUGUGGUGAGCUGUUGGUGCAAUUAUAACAAUAAAAAAACUUGAAUUUUAA